UUCACUGGAUUUACAUAAGGCUCCCAUCAGCCGGCCCACUCAUUACCACGUUUUAUAUCCCCCUGCAUGCACUCAAGCAUCAUGACAAAGUAGCUCCAUCCUCCCCUCCAACAGGGAAGUGAAGCAGCUUCUCGGAGCAGGUGUCAGGAGCCGCAAACUCACACAACACUGGAGCAGAGAGGAACUUUAUUUUGUAGCUUUAUUUUUUUGUAAUAUCCCACUUUAGCCUCCCCUUUUCCCUCUGCUGCAGCGCGCUCACAGCAGGCCUAUGUUGUGUUUUUAAUGUUUUCUAAAAUGGUAUCCAAGCUGACAUCCCUGCAGCACGAGCUCCUCAGCGCCCUGCUGGACUCGGGAGUAACCAGAGAUGUUCUGAUCCAGGCCCUGGAUGAUAUGGACCCCAGCCCGCCGGGCUUCGGAGUAAAACUGGAGAACUUGCCCAUUUCCCCAGCUCCUCCGCAGAGCGGCAAGAUGAACGGGACGGACUCCGACUCCAAGCCCGUCUUCCACACGCUCACCAACGGACACAGCAAGGGCAAGCUGUCCGGGGACGAGGGCUCCGACGACGGGGACGACUUCGACACACCGCCGAUCCUGAAGGAGCUCCAGUCGCUCAACACAGAGGAGGCAGCGGAGCAGAGGGCCGAGUUGGAUCGCAUGUUGGCAGAGGAUCCAUGGCGUGCUGCCCGCAUGAUCAAAGGUUACAUGCAGCAGCACAACAUCCCCCAACGGGAGGUUGUGGACGUCACAGGGCUCAACCAGUCUCACCUCUCCCAGCACCUCAACAAAGGCACGCCCAUGAAAACAACGAAGCGAGCGGCCCUGUACACCUGGUAUGUCAGGAAACAGCGGGAAAUUCUCCAACAGUUCAACCAGGCAGUGCACAGCUCUGGCUGCAACAUGACAGAUAAAGACAAUCAGGAUCCGAUGUUUUUUUUCCCAGAGUACAACCCGUCUGGUCAGGGCAUGGGUCAGACUGGUGAAGAGGUCGGAAGCGAACCCUCCUGUAAGAAAAUGAGACGUAAUCGUUUCAAGUGGGGGCCUGCGUCCCAGCAAAUCCUGUACCAGGCCUACGAACGGCAGAAGAACCCCAGCAAGGAGGAGCGGGAAGCUUUAGUAGAAGAGUGCAACAGAGCCGAGUGUCUUCAGAGAGGCGUCUCCCCCUCCAAAGCUCAGGGCCUCGGCUCAAAUCUGGUCACUGAAGUGCGAGUCUAUAACUGGUUCGCCAACCGGCGUAAAGAGGAAGCCUUCAGGCAGAAGUUGGCCAUGGACUCCAUCACCGUACCGUCCCACAGCAUGAACUCUCUGCUGUCACACAGCUCGCCACAUCAUCCCCACAUCAGCGCUUCACCUCCCAUGCGUUACAGCCAAGGCCCCGGUGAGGUCACCUCCUCCACGACCAUCAGUCACCACAGCAGCAACGGGAUGGCCACCAGCCAAUCGGUGCUCCAGCAGGUGUCUCCGGGAGGACUUGACCACAGCCACAGUCUGCUGUCACCUGACGCCAAGAUGAUUUCAGGUUCAGGUGGAGGACUUCCUCCAGUCAGCACACUGACCAACAUCCACAGUUCCCAUCACAGCCACCACCAGAACCUCAUCAUGCCUCUAUCUGGAGUCAUGGCCAUAGCACAGAGUUUGAACACAUCACAGUCUCAGUCGGUGCCAGUGAUCAACAGCGUGGCGGGAAGCCUGGCAGCGCUGCAGCCGGUGCAGUUUUCCCAGCAGCUCCACAGCCCCCACCAGCAGAGCCUGAUGCAGCAUUCCCCCAGCCACAUGAGCCAGCAGCCGUUCAUGUCUGUCACUCACUCACACAUGUAUUCUCACAAGCAAGAGCCCCCACAAUAUUCCCACCCGUCACGUUUCCCCUCGGCCAUGGUGGUCACAGACGGCAACAGCCUCAGCGCCCUCAGCUCCAUGUCAGGCAAAACGGAUGGUGCUGUAAACAAGAUGGUGCAACUCGGGGGUCUUUCCUGGUGUCCUCUUCAAGCUUGGUGAGAGCGUCCACCUGACUUCCCCGGUGCCCGGCAACGGAGGCACAUUUUUCCACCCUCUCACCGCAGUAACCAUGACAACUCUUAAUAACCGGCAACGGCGCGCUGGAUGAUGAGUCAGUCAACAAAACCAAAGAAGAGGCAGCGGGCCAGACGGUGAAAAUGAGAAAUGGGGACAGAGGGGGA